GCAAAGGCAGCAGUAACUGCAGCAACGCAGGCAAUUCAGGAUAAUAAGGCUGCCGUGGCGUCUGGAAAAGAACGUGUUGAUACUUCGGGUUCGGGAAAACAAGAUAAAAACAAAAACAGUUAUGAAGAAGUGGUGAAAAGGAGAAAAGAAAUAAUGCAGCAAGAGGAACAAAGGAAACAAGAAAAAAUUAUGGCGGAAGCUGCAGUCGUAUCUGUACAAGAGAGUAAAGCAGGACGUAAGAAAACAUUCAGUGCAGAGGACAAAGAAAAGUGGAUAAAAAAGAAAGAAGAAAGCCUGAAUGCACGAGCAACCGCAACGGUGGGCCUAACUAAAGUGUUACUAUCGACGACAAAGACUGUGGUGGACGCUGUACAUGAGGCGCAGGAGAUGGAGAGGCAAGCAAGUGAUGCCCUCAAUGCGGCGAAGGACUUGACGACGCUGGCAGUGAGUUCCCUCCGUACUGUUGAAGAGACGGCUGCGGCUGCUGAGGAGGCACGAAAGAAGGCGGAAAAGGAAUGGACGCAAGACCUGUCCAAUAAAAUAAAAGAAUCCCCAAUACCGGUAAAAGAAAAUGGACCUGUUCUGGCUUCUGCCAGUAAAGACGGCAGCAGCAGCCCUGCGUUACUACGUGUUCCACUCCUGCUGCUGCUGCUGCUCUCUGUGCUGGGCUGCAUGACCGUGUGCUGA